UGUUGCUCUAGUUGAACCUUGGAGGUAUUUCGAACAGCACUCCUCGCCUACUGAGGCGCACGAUUGUAGUUCAGUGCAAAAUUAGAAGUGGUUUAAAAAUAAAAAGUUCUCGGUACCUGUGAUUUAUAAAAUUGCAAAAUUUACAUUCAGUGCAGAUUUUAAUUAAUCCUGAAAAAUGUUCAGCGGCAUUGCAGACAAAAACCUUGGAGCCUUCAGAAGCAUCGGAGAGAAGACAGCGUCGCUGUUCGAGCGCAAGAAGAAGGAUGUUGAACAGGUGGCUUCGGAGAAGGCUCAGGAGGCCGCCCACGUCGUGGAAGAUCAGGUCAAGAAGGCCGGGGAGCUAGUUGGUGGAGCGCAGUCGACUGCCAAUGACGCAGCGAGCUCAGCCAACAACGCCAAGAACUCAGCCAUCGAUGCCCUGGACAAGGAGCUGUCAAAGGUGUCCCUGGCGGCUGGAGAGGCGCAGGACGCCGCCAACCGAGCCGUCGCUGAUGGCAAGAAGGUCGUUGACACUGCUAAAGAUACAAUUGCAACAUCCGUAGAUAAUACCAAAAAAUCAGCAGAGGCAGCAGUCAACGCAGCUAAAGAGACCCUAUCGAGCACAGUAGAUGCCACACAAAUAGCCGCACAGAACGCCCUCGACACUGGCAAAUCGUACGCCACUAGUGCUAAAGAUACCGUUUCAAGCACAAUCCAAAGCACUGUAGAUACAACACAAAAGGUAGCCCAAACGGCUGUGGAAACAGGCAAAACUUAUGCUACAUCCGCAAAAGAUACAGUAUCCAACACUGUGCAAAAUACAGUGGAGGGUACUAAAAAUAUUACACAAAGUGCUGUUGAUCAGAGCAAAGCUUACAUCGGCAGUGCAAAAGAUACGGCCCAGCACACGCUCCAAAGUGCCCUGGACACGUCAAUGAGCUAUGCGUAUUCGGCUUAUGAUAUCGGAAAAUCCUAUGUUGAUAGCGCUAGAGAUACAGUAUCAAAUACUGUAGAUAAUACUAAAAAAGCUGCAGAAAGUACGAUCGAAACUAGCAAAACAUACGUCGGUUCAGCCAAAGAUACUAUUCAGAGUACUGUGUAUAGCACUGUAGAUACAACGAAGCAAGUUGCUCAAAAUGCGUUAGAAAAAGGGAAGGGUUAUGUUGAUAGUGCCAAAGAUACAGUAGCGAGUACGGUAGAUACGACCAAAAAAACAGCAGCGGCCGCGGUAGAGACAGGCGUAUCAUAUGCCGGUGCCGCUAAAGGCACCAUUGCAAACACUGUCAGUAGCACAGUAGAUGUGACAAAAAAUGUAGCCGCGUCAGCAGUAGAAAAGGGAACUUCAAUUGUAGGAAGUGCUAAAGGUACCGUUGUCAAUACCGUUGAUGCAACUAAAACAGCGGCUGCUACGGCGGUUGAAACGGGUUCUUCGUAUUUAGUCAGUGCUAAAGAUACCGUUGCAAAUACUGUUCAUAGCACAGCAGACACAACUAAAAAUGUUGCCGCAUGUGCUGUUGAAAAGGGUUCAGCAUUAGUAGGAAGUGCUAAAGAUACCGUUGCCAGUACUGUAGAUGCUUCCAAAAAUGCAGCCGCGUCUGCAGUUGAAACGGGCACUUCAUAUUUGGGAAGUGCUAGAGAUACUGUAGCAAACACAGUUCAUAGUACUGUAGACGUAACAAAGAAUGUAGCGGCGUCAGCUGUUGAAAAGGGCUCUGCGUUAGUAGGAAGUGCUAAAGAUACUGUAGCAAACACAGUCCAUAGUACUGUAGACGUAACAAAGAAUGUAGCGGCGUCAGCUGUUGAAAAGGGCUCUGCGUUAGUAGGAAGCGCUAAAGAUACAGUUGCCAGUACUGUAGAUGCUUCCAAAAAUGCAGCCGCAUCUGCGGUUGAAACGGGCACUUCGUAUUUAGGAAGUGCUAGAGAUACUGUAGCAAACACCGUCCAUAGUACUGUAGACGUAACAAAGAAUGUAGCGGCGUCAGCUGUUGAAAAGGGCUCUGCAUUAGUAGGAAGCGCUAAAGAUACCGUUGCCAGUACUGUAGAUGCUUCCAAAAAUGCAGCCGCAUCUGCGGUUGAAACGGGCACUUCGUAUUUAGGAAGUGCUAGAGAUACUGUAGCAAACACCGUCCAUAGUACUGUAGACGUAACAAAGAAUGUAACGGCGUCAGCUGUUGAAAAGGGCUCAGCGUUAGUAGGAAGUGCUAAAGAUACCGUUGCCAGUACUGUAGAUGCUUCCAAAAAUGCAGCCGCAUCUGCGGUUGAAACGGGCACUUCGUAUUUAGGAAGUGCUAGAGAUACUGUAGCAAACACCGUCCAUAGUACUGUAGACGUAACCAAGAACGUAGCGGCGUCAGCUGUUGAAAAGGGCUCGGCGUUAGUAGGAAGUGCUAAAGAUACUGUAGCCAGUUCUGUCGAUGCUACUAAAACUGCGGCAGCGAACGCUGUAGAAACAGGCAGUUCAUAUUUAGGAAGUGCUAAAGAUUCGGUUGCCAACACUGUCCAUAGUACCGUAGAUGCGACUAAAAAUUUAACAGCAUCUGCCGUUGAAAAGGGCACAUCUUACGUGGGUGCUGCUAAAGAUACGGUGGCCAACACUGUCCAUAGCACUGUAGAUGCGACAAAAAAUUUAACAACAUCUGCCGUUGAAAAGGGCACAUCGUAUGUAGGCGCUGCCAAAGAUAGCGUAGCGAGCACACUUUCUAGUACAGUAGACGCUACUAAAAACGUCACGGCGUCUGCUGUUGAGACCGGUUCCUCGUUUGUAGGCAGUGCCAAAGACACCCUUGCAAAUACUGUAGACGCAACCAAGAAUGCGGCGGCGUCCGCUGUUGAAAAGGGAACGUCUUUAGUAGGAAGUGCUAAAGAUACCGUAGCAAGCACAGUACAAAGCACUGUAGAUACCACUAAAAGCUUUGCCGGUAACGUGGUGGAUAAGGGAUCGUCGCUUGUUGGAAGCGCCAAAGACCUAACAAGCUCGAUUUAUAAUACUGAAAAUACUGAGGUUUCAUCAGAGGACGUAAAGGGCAUUGUAGAAGAUACUAAUGAACGCGUCCAAAAUGGCAUCUCAUCUGCUUUGAUCCAGACCAAUGGAGUCGCUGGCAGCUUCCACGAUGGAAUUCAAAGCAAAUUCAGCUCUACAAAGGCUACUGAGGCGGCGGCUAGUUGCAAGAAAGUCGCAGAAAAUACGACUGACACAAUCCACUCGACGGUAGACAGCACGAAGAAGGCGGCAGAGGAGGCCAAAGCGCAGGCGGCGAAGGCCGCCGAAGACGCCAAGGAAAAGGCCCGACAGGCCGCGGAGGCCGCUGCUGCUGAGGCCAAGAGAGCGGCCAACGCAGCGAUGGAAGAAUCCAAAAAAGCAGCUGAGAAAGCCGCAGCGGACGCUAGCAACGCCGUGAACAGCACCGUUGACAACACGCUGAAGCGCGUGGAAGCCGCCGCCGAUGAGGGCAUCAAGAACGCCGGACACGUCGUCGACGCCAAAAUUAAGGACGCCGACAAAUACCUCAGCGAGAAGCGCGACGCGCUCGCAUCGAACCUAUCGACGGCAAUGCACGACGGCUCCGAGGGCGCCGCCGGCCUGCUGAGCAAGGGGCUCGCCGCGUUCCCCAAAUAAAGCAACCAGCGGGCUCCCGCCACGUGUACCUGCAUUCAAGCUCCGUUCUACUGGAAUCGACAAACCACAGUCCAUAGACGUGUCAGCAUCACCCUCCAUAGACUUUUUUCUUAUCACAAGCCUCGUUCGAAGGGUGAUUCUUUCAUGCAACUCUGCAUGUAUUUAUAUAUUUACUUAAAAUAGAUUACGCGAUGCGUUCUUUCUCUUUUAUGUUGCCAUUAUGUAGGAUGCAGAAGAAAAAAAAAACAUUUUAAUAUUGUGUUAAUUUUGCCUUGCAUCUUAUGGAUCUUGAUAUUUAUUGGUUUUUUGGUAGCUGUUAAAAAAAGUUAAAAAACCGCAAUCUUCCUGUAACACAAUUUUCGUUCUCGAUUUGUUUAUUGUUUUAUAUUUUUCAACUGCUGGUACAACUAGUUUUAAGUUACCUAAGAUAAAAUUAAUUUAAGUUUUACUCAAUAAAUGUUAUUAUUAUAGUAAGAACAAAAUGCAUUUAAAAAUUGCGUUUUAUAUAUGUAUAUUCUUCAAAUAAAUAUUUGACAUCUUUUUACGAUAUUUGUUGAUAUUAUCUAAGUCACAAUGUAAUCUCAGUUUUUUGUUUUCAUAUAGCAAUAGUCUAUAACUAUAAUUUAAGAGGCUCUGUACUAAAGUUAUACCAUGUAUAUUUAAUUUGAGCGCCGUGCUUUGCUUGAAACCGUCCAGCAGCCUUAUAGAACAAAAAAGUAACAAAAAUAAUACAUUUACUUAAUGAUAUAUACACAAUAUAUAUCCUCAUCGCCGUCUGCUUAGCAGUGGGUAUGUACCUAUCUUUUAUACAUCAGAUUCUACAAAAGUUUAUCUAGUUAUAUUAUACAUUGCUAUACUUUUAUAAAUUUUAUUGACAGACAUGAUAUAUUUUAUUGCUGCCUAAUGUUACAUCAGUUACAUUACAGUUAAAUUAUUAUACUAAUGCACAAUAAAAUAUUAUACUUUUUCAUAAGCAUGAGGUAUAUUUUACUGUUAACAAUUUCUCUAUUGUCUAUUAUCAACUUAUCAGUGUCGUAAUAAAUAAAUUACCACCCA